AUGGCCGCUGAGGCCGAGCCCUGGUGGGCCAAAUACGAGGUGGCGGGCCCCUCUGGAUCGGCGGAUGCCAGCGGCGUCAGGGUGCUGAGCUUUGCUGGGCUCGACGCGGCGGCGGCGGCAGCCGAUGCGGCGGCAGUGGCCGCGGCAGAGCAGCGAGAGGUGGCUGCGCGGCCAGCAGCCACCGCUGCUGCGCAGCGAGCGCUGUAUGUGCGCGUGGAUGUGCCCUCCUUCACGCUGCGCGACGGCCGCCGCAUCCCAGCGGUGGGGCUGGGUACCUGGAAGGCGGGGCCCGGGGAGGUGCGCACCGCGGUGCACAUCGCGCUUCAGGCAGGCUACCGCCACAUCGACUGCGCGUCUGUCUACCAGAAUGAGGAGGAGGUGGGGGAUGCUCUGGAGCAUGUGCUCAGCAAAGGCCUGGUGCCGCGACAGGAACUCUACAUCUGCAGCAAGGCACUACGGUGUCAGUACCUUGAUUUGUACCUCAUCCACUGGCCGGUCACCGGCAACGUGGGGCCAGAGGCGAUGGAGGCGCUGGUGGCGGAGGGGCUGGUGCGCAGCAUCGGCGUCAGCAACUUUGGCGCCUGCAAGCUGCGGGACAUCCUGUCGUACGCCCAGAUCCCGCCCACAGUGGAAGUGCACCCGUACCACCGCAACGAUGCCCUGCUGGCCUUCUGCGCCGCCGCCGCCAUCCACGUCACCGCCUUCUCGCCGCUGGGCUCCCCAGACAGCGCGUCCAUUUUCCCCCGCAAGAAGCCGCUGGUGCUGAUGGAGGACGCCACGGUCCAGGCAGUGGCGGAGCGGACCGGCAGGAAUGUGGGGCAGGUGCUCAUCCGCUGGGCGCUGCAGCACGGUACCAGCGUCAUCCCCAAGAGCACCUCGCCUGCACGCAUCAGGGGCAACCUGGAUGUGCUGGGGUGGGAGCUGUCGGCAGACGACUAUGCUGCGCUGAGCACGCUGCCUUUCCAGCAACGCAUGGUCAACGGUGCCAUGUGGCUGAACCCCAAGGGCCCCUACCGUGACAUGGAGGAGCUGUGGGAUGAGCCAGAGCUGGACUAA